UUGCGUUGUUCUUGAUCGGAUCGUAUCGUAUCGUAUCGUAUCGUAUCAUAUCAUAUCAUAUCAUACCAACCUAACAUCUCUCUGUCUAUCACGAGGUGACAUCAAUUUUCUUUCCUCUCUACUCUCUACUCUCUACUCUCUACCCUCGACUACUACUAUUGCACCAGCAUAGACAUUCGUUUUUUGGCUUUCCAUUUGGUACUGAUAUUCCGUAUUCUGCUACUCUUUUGCACAUACUCACUCACAUUCGCACAUUCGCUUUGACAAUUAAUCUUGUUUAGAAAAAGAUAAUACUUCAAUAAUCUCAUUGCUUCAUAUCAUUUGCCCUUAUCUAGAUCUUUAUUCACCAGAUAAUCUCGGAUCGCCGUCGUACAAUUCGAUAUCAACAUUCACUACCCGGAGUUCAUCAUUGAGCUGCGCCGAAUAGCUCAAAUGUGUCAAGCACCCCACUAACCCUGUCCUUUAUUAAUCAUCUAUCACAUUUUAAUUCAGGUACUUUCUCGAAAUGAAUUUCAAGGAGAAAGAGAAACAUGGCCGUUCGGAAGCAGCACGGAGAAACACACUUCAACGUAUGCUGGAUUUAGAGAAGAAGAGCAAGGUACGCAAACAAAUACCUCACAUGGCCAAGUAUUAUUGCCUAACAUGAACUAGCUGCAGCGCAUGCAAGCCUCGACAACGACAGUCAGUCAACCGCUGCGUAAUACCUUCUUUCGCGAAAGGGGUCCGAGUAUUCCUAAUGUAUAUACCUAUGCUCCUCCCCCCGAACGUCCUACCCCGAUCAGACAAUCAGAACGAGCAAUGACUGCUCCAACAUUAUCCGUUGCGAUACCUCCUACGCAAAGCUCCGAAAAGCCUGAGACGAAAAUAAAACAACCUAAAAAUGUAGUUUUAAUUGAGCCGGUAAAAGAAAAAUUGCUGGAAGUUGAAGCAGACGCGGACGGCUCUGAUGCUUCCUCGAUAUGUCGGUCGCCUGCUUGGGAUGGUGGUGAUGGCAAGCAAAGAAGAAUAGCGAGAAAAGAAGCUCAAGAUCUGCGCAGGAAGGAAGACGAGCGAUUAAAGAAGGAAAAAGAAAAGGCCGAAAAGGAGACCCGUGCCGCGGCACUAAAACAAAAAGGUCGAUUGAGCAAGACGCCUCCAACCAACAAGCGCCUAAGUAAAACGGUUCCGGCAGUUCCAGUGGGCCGAGCGAAGUCCGAGCCUGCGGUUCCAGUUACUCCAGAAAUAACACAAUUGGGUCCUGAUCCUGAUGAUGGAAGACGAUCAAGGCGAACGAGUUUGGAUCUUGGACUCAAGAAGCUUAUGUCUUCUUUCAGAUCCAGAUCCAGGUCCACAAGUGCAUCUGCAACACCACGAACCCAAUCUAUGUCGAGCUCUCCAAACUCAUCAGGAUUCAUAGGAGGCGUAAAGUUACAACAAUCUAAUGAGAAUCAAGCCCAAAAAGAACCUCGCGACGGAAAAUCUUCAAAUACUAAAACAGCUGGUCACGGUAACAAGUCCAGUCAAAGUCGGCCACCAAUCUCACUUGAGAACUCUCGAUAUCGCGCAUUGGAUCUGUUGAGUUCUUCAGGGACUGGUUCACCUGCCGUCGAAUUACCAGUCAAAUCGCAAACUGAGGACACUUCUAGUCCCCUUAAUCUGGUAGAACCAGAGCCCAGUAAACAGCCUUCGGGUGACCUAGAACCAAUCAUGAGUAGAAAUCCUCGAGCUCGAAAGCCGAGCGAAAACUUCAGAUCAGAUCAUAUUACGGAGUCAACGGUGAAUAAGGCUAAGCCUCAAUCGCCUGUUGCUCCUCCAUCUCCAGGAUUUAGAUUUGGCCUGGAAAAACACCAGACAUCAAAGCAAGAAGUACAAGAGCCUUUCUAUUUUCAGAAUUUUGAUACUCCGCCUGAAGCUGUGAACUCUGAAAGUAACGAAUAUUUCCCCAAGCAAAAGCGACACAACAAACUAGAUCAAAGCAGCUCAUCACACGACAUGAAAUUGGACGCCGCUUCAAAGAAGGAAAUCGUGACAAGAACACCAUCAAUCCAUAAUGCGAAUGGUCGUAGUAAGUCAGUUUCUAGAUCUAGAAACGAUUCGGAAUCUGUAGAGAAUGGAGAAAGUUUCCAUGCGUUCCUUGACGGUGAAGGCGCGCCUCCAGGAUUUAAGCUCACUGCACAAGCAUCUCAAAGCAGUAUCCAACCAGAGGAGGGUAUGUUUUCCAGGCGAAAUUUACAAGAAUCAUCUUUAUACCCUAGUCCAUUAUCAACUCAACGCAAAGGUGACAAGGAUGCUACAACCACCACACUUGGUAAACAUUUAUCCGCAACGAACUCGCCUUCUUUACAAACUUCCCAACUUGACGCACCUCUCAAAGAGCUACGUGCACAACCCACCCUUUCGCCACGCGCCAAUGGAUUUGAUAGCAGAUCCGCACUACCAAGUCAAUCUAGUCGAAGAGUAUCAGAACCUGAGUAUUCAUCUCCGGUAACAUCAGCCCCGUCUGGAACUAACCCGGCAUCGCGGGAGAAAGUCUCUCCGCAGGCGGCUAAUGUAGCCUCACCUCGUCGGCAAAAGAAGGAUCGAAGAUCUAGCUCUAGGUCUUUCACCGCAUCAAGUGAGGAGUAUUUGAGCUUUGAUGAACAAUCCAAUAUUACGACUCCAGCAGCCUCGAGACCACAAUCACAAAAGGGUCCUAUUGGAUCUAGUCAUGAUACAACACCACGCCAAUAUCAUAAAUUCCAAGAUUCUUGGAAUCAAACUCCUCUUCCUAUCAGACUCAAAGAUGAAAAUGGCAAUACUACCCUAAAUGGUGGUGCGGCUCUUAAAGCACAGUCUAAAAAUCCUCAUGCAUCUUUAGCUUCUGCGGACCCCAAUACAGAGGCGGGAGUUGCAGAGCUUCAAAGGAGACUUAGUUUGAAUAAAUCGUCAUCAACUACUGCACUGCAAAAUACUUUAAAUUUCCUCCCGAAACUUAAACAUCAACCGUUACGUCCUCGGAAGGCUGAGGGUAGACGACAGAUAAGUGAGGAAAAUAACGUGCUCGGAAAUAGAAAUGAAAAUGUCGGAAGAGUAAAACGAGAAUCUGCAUCCGCAUCUGCUUACGCGCAAUAUAAUGAUUCGAAAAACUCACUCAUGUCAUCACCAGUUCUCAAUGGAGGCGAAUCAUCUAAUUCAAACGGAAAUUCUAGCUCUUCAGAAAGAGAUAACAACAACAACAACGAAAGUAGUCAAUAUCUCCGCUCCGCGCGUCUUGCUAUUCCUCCCAAAAAAGGUCCUCGUUCCUCGGCGCAUCAAAUGGCAGCAUCAUCAGCUCAAAGUCUUCAUAGCAAUGGACAAGGUGGUAUUGAACCCAUGGCGAAAAUGUUCGUUAUUUGUUGUGGAUGCAAAUAUUUUCAUGAUUUGCCAAGUAAACUUUAUGAGUGUAUGGCGAAACCUGAGGCGGUGGUUAAGGAUGAGGGAUUGGGCGUUAGUGGUGUGGUUAGUACGAGGGUUAGUUGUCCUUGGUGUGGACAUGGUAUGAGUACGAGGUGUUGUGAGGGAUGGGCAGCGGUGGUGGUUUUGAAGGAGAGGUUGCAUUAGUGUUGGUGAGGGGAAAGGGAAAGGGGGGAGAGGAGAGUGU